CGUCAUCAGAGUGCGCGGUGGCUUGAGAGAGGAGGUGGCAGAUGCCUCUUCGAAACAACAAUCAACUGUCGUCUAUUUACGACCUGUUUUUCCUCUAAUACUGCUUAAAAGCAGCUCUUUGUGAUGCCAAAGAAGUUCCAGGGCGAGAACUCCAAGGCGGCCUCAGCCAGAGCCCGCAAGGCAGAGGCCAAGGCAGUGGCAGAUGCCCGCAAGAAGCAGCAGGAAGAGGAUGCUCUGUGGCAGGAAACUGACAAGCAUGUACUCAAAAAAGAGCAGAGAAGGGAUGACAAGGAGAAGAAGAGGCUCGAGCUUCUGGAGAGGAAAAAAGAAAACCAGCGACUUCUGGAUGAGGAGUCUGCUAGGAUGAGAGGCAAAGCUCAGAAGGAGGCUGGAUCCGGAGGAAAGGUGACUCGUGCCCAGAUCGAGGAGGUGCUUCAGAAUGAGCAGCUGCAAAAGGAGCAGCAGGAACACAAGCCGAAAGAAAUGAGCCACCUGGAGGCUCCACUGGAGGAAAAUGUGAACAGAAUUAUCCCUGAUGAAGGAACCGUGGAAGCCAGAACAAUAGAAGACGCCAUUGCUGUGCUCAGCACGGGGCCUGAGGACCUGGAUCAUCACCCUGAACGGAGGAUGAAAGCAGCAUUUGCUGCCUAUGAGGAGGAGAACUUGCCUCGCCUUAAAAAGGAGAACCCCAACAUGAGGUUGUCACAGCUGAAGCAGCAGCUGAAGAAGGAGUGGAUGAAGGCGCCAGAGAACCCUCUGAACCAACGCUUUGCCACCUACAACACAAAGUGAAUGCACUCUCUUCCCCCGUAACAGCAUCUGAAAACUGUCUGCCUAUGCACAUUGGAGACUUCCAUUGAAAAAUCGAAUAAUUUCAUCUAAAAAUUAGUGUUGCUGAUGAGAGCUUCACCACUACCGACCCAGAAACAGUCUCUCCAAGGCCUGAGGACUCAGCUUUGUUGGUACAUUCACUAGCAAGGAGAAGCUCAUUUUCCACCAAUCAAGGUCACAACUGAUCAUCAUAUCUGUGCACAUGGCCUCUAAUGAGGUAUUUCAUCAUCUAAUAAAUUUAAUUACGUCUUCUUUUUUUCUAGCACUUCUGGGGAGUUGGGAAGCCAGAUAUUUUGAGAGUAACUUAUUAAAGUUCACCACUCAA